AUGCAAUCGCGAAUGAUGGAACAAUUGGUAACAUUGGACAAACGAUAUGGACGUCCAGAUCUUUUCAUCACGUUCACAUGCAAUCCAUCUUGGUGUGAAAUCAAAGAUUUACUUUUGCCUGACCAACAACCAUCUGAUCGGCAUGACCUCACAGCGAGAGUUUUCAAACAAAAAUUGAUACGUUUUAUGGAUCUCAUCACUAAGAACCAUAUAUAUGGAGAAACUCGCUGUUGGAUGUAUUCCAUCGAAUGGCAGAAAAGAGGUCUACCACAUGCUCAUAUCUUAAUUUGGUUGGUUGAAAAAAUUGUUCCAACUCAAAUUGAUGAUAUCAUUACUGCUGAGCUGCCCAACGCAGAAGAAGAUCCAGAAUUAUUUGAAAUUGUGAAAAAAAAUAUGAUUCACGGACCAUGUGGGGGACACAACCCCCACUCGCCAUGCAUGAAAGACGGAAAAUGCACCAAAAAACGACGAAAACCAGAUGAUGGAGGAUACACCACAACUAUCAAAAUCAAUAACGUUGAUUUCGAAGUUGAUAACCGAUGGAUUGUGCCCUACUCUCCUAUCCUUUCGAAAUCAUUCAAUGCACAUAUCAACGUGGAGUCCUGUAAUUCAGUUAAGUCAAUAAAAUACAUAUGUAAAUACGCGAAUAAAGGCAGCGAUACAGCAAUUUUCGGAAUUGCGAAUCCCAAUGCACCCGUCAAUGAAAUCGAGCAAUUUCAAAUGGGACGUUAUAUUAGCAGUAAUGAAGCUGUAUGGAGAAUUCUUGGUUUCGACAUUCAUGAACGCUUUCCUGCUGUCAUGCAUCUCAGUGUUCACUUGGAAAACGGUCAACGAGUCUACUUCACGGAAGACAACGCACCCCAACGAGUUGCAGAUCCACCAAAUACAACGUUGACCGCUUUUUUCCAAUUGUGUGCAACUGACGAAUUCGCAAAAACAUUAAUGUAUCACGAAGUCCCGCAGUACUACACUUGGAAUCAAUCGACGAAGAAAUUUUGCAGAAGAAAACGAGGCGCCAGGCAUUCUUCUAUAGCUGGCAUAUUUUCUACUGGUGCACUGGGAAUGCUGCUUCACGUGGUGAAAGGACCAACAUCGUUUCAAGCAAUCAAAACAAUCGAUGGUCAAGAGUGUGAGACAUACAGAGAAGCAUGUUUUAAACUUGGUUUGCUUGAAAAUGAUCAACAUUGGGACAACACAUUAGCAGAAGCAUCUGAGACACGUCAUGCCCAUCAAAUACGAACUCUGUUUGCCAUAAUUUUUACAACCUGCGCACCUUCUGAUCCGAAAGGUUUAUGGGAAAAACACAAAGAGAGUAUGAGCGAAGACAUACUUCUCCGAGCACGCAGAAAUAAUCCCGGCUUGGAUGUACAGUAUUCGGAAGACAUUUUCAAUGAAGCACUGAUAUCACUUGAGGAUGUGUGUAUGUCGAUUAACAACAAAAUCCUCGAUCAUCUUGGGCUGUUUUCACCGGAACGUGACAGAAACAAUGUUAUCGAUAGAGACGUAUUGCGAGAAAAACAAUACGACGUCGAUGCGCUACAAGUUUAUGUUGAAACUCAGAAAAGGCUCUUAACAAACGAUCAACGACUUGCAUACGACACAAUUAUGCGCUCCAGACCAUACAUUUAUAUCCACAUAUAUACAAAGUAA